AUGGAAGCUGAGAGAAUCCUGAGGUCACGGUUUAAGAAUGUCAAUGCCGACUUACACUCGGAGAUUAUUCUCGUGACGGAAGAAGGCUCGCCGGCAACAGUUUCACACGAUCCAACAGCAAGAGCUGCAUGGGAAUCUCGAAGAUUCCUCAAGUUCCCUAGGAACUACGAUCAAUGCAGAAAGGAUAGUGUAGGAUCUUCUUACCAUGAAAAUAGCGAUACUACCAAUGGAAUUGGUGCAGAGAUUGAAGAUAAAAAUGUAGUUUUUCUAGGAGUUGAUUAUGUGACUACAGUUGUGGAUGAAGAACAGUUUGAGCAGGUAUCUUUGAAAGAUCAAGAAAAGUUGGCUGGUGAAUCUCAAGGUGGUAAUCUGGAUUCAAAGUACUCUCCAAAUUCAGAUCAUGUAAGACACUCAUCCGAUCAGUUUGAAGAUGCUUCUCAAUUAUCUGGCACAUUUGGGGCAGAAAUUGAUUCUCCUGCAGUUGCUGAGAUGAAGCAUGAUCACCCUCUAUCAGGCCCUGGGCAAGAGAGACAAUUAGGUCAUACCAUCAAGCAAUCCUCCUUGUCGACCAGUCUUGAUUCUGCUGCAUAUUCUCCCAUUGGUUCACCACCAAAGCCUAGGCCAAAAGCUGUUAUGCCGAAUGUGUCUCCAGAGUUGUUGCAUUUAGUGGAUUCUGCAAUUAUGGGGAAGCCUGAAAGUUUGGACAAACUAAAGAAUAUUGUGAGUGGUGAGGAUAAUUUUGGAAGUGGGGAUGAAAUGGACAGCGUUGCAUUCCUGGUAGUUGAUUCACUUCUUGCGACAAUGGGUGGUGUUGAAAGUUUUGAAGAGGAUGAGGAUAACAAUCCUCCUAGUGUUAUGCUAAACUCCCGGGCUGCCAUAGUGGCGGGCGAGUUUAUUCCUUGGCUUCCAUGGGUAGGUGAUACUGAGGUUAUCUUGUCACCUAGGACACGUAUGGUUAGGGGAUUGCUUGCUAUAUUACGAGCUUGCACGAGAAAUAGAGCAAUGUGCUCAUUGGCUGGUUUGUUAGGAGCUCUUUUAAACUCGGCAGAGAAGAUUUUUGUUCAGGAAGUUGGUUCGACAGAGCAAAUGAGAUGGGAUGGAACUCCUUUAUGCUACUGCAUCCAAUACUUAGCUGGGCAUUCACUCAGUGUUGUUGAUUUGCAUAGAUGGUUUCAAGUCGUUACAAGAACGCUUACCACUGUAUAG